UAAAUCUCGAAAAGUUUUCAAGUAAAAUAGAUAAGAGAUAACGAUUAUGUUUGAUAAAAUAUAUUGAGUGAAAAAUAUCUAUUUUUAGACAGGGACUGUGGGUUUUAUAUUAUUUUGUGAUAUUUAGGAUUGCAUUGAUAAGCUUUGUCGUACUGUCAUCUGUCUUGUAAUUGAGGUUGGAAUAUUGAAGAAUAUUUACAAUUAUAAAACGUUACGCCUCUGUAUUUUUCAGUUAUUGUUAUUACUUAUUUCUUAUUAGUUUUGUGAAUUUAUUGCUAUACGAUAUUAAGAUGAACAAUAAAGUUUUUAAUAUUUUCAAUAUUAAUAAAAAAAAAAAUGAUGAAUGCGUAGUGCCCGUAGUGGUCAAAGAAACUUCCAUAGUAGAAGCUGAAGAGCCCGUAAUAGCACAGAAAAUACAGCCGAAUAGCCCUAAUGAUUUAGGUGAUAUUCACACCGGGCCAUACCGACCAAUAUUACAGGUGUAUCCAAAAACCAAACAUGGAACUCAAAACAGAAGUUUUAGUGCUUCAUGGUAUGAUCACUUUCCAUGGAUUGAGUACAGUAUCGAGAGUAAUGCAAUUUAUUGUUAUGUGUGCCGUAUAUUUGGUAAUGAGACUUCAGAGGAUACAUUUGUCAAAAUAGGAUUCAACAAUUGGAAAAAGCUUAGUGGCUCUAAAGGGAAAGGAUCAAAAUCAAAAUUACAACUUCAUGGCAGUUCUAAUCACCAUUUGGUAUGUUCAGCAAAAUGGUUUGCUCUUAAACAAACAAAAAAGUCAGGUUCUGUUCACACUAGCUUAGAAACUGCAAACCGAGAACAAAUUUCUAUAAACCGUGAAUAUUUGAAAAUAUUAAUAGAUAUUGUAUUAUAUUUAUCUAGACAAGGUCUAGCUUUCCGCGGUCAUGAUGAACAAUGA